CCAAGUAAACUGACCAAUGCAGUGAUAGGGAGGAGGUUAGAAGGUCAGCGGGGCAGUGUUCAUAUAAACCUCUGUAAUUCUUCCUGUGAACUACAGACGAAUCUUGAGAGAACUUGAGUGAUGUCCAGCCUAAAGGAGAUCUGUGCCGGAUUACCCCUUGAUCCUCUUCCUCCAAACCGUGGCAGAGACCCCAGCAUACCUCAUGCACUUGUCCGUACUCCAAACUUCACCCCAGCAGAAGAACGGCUGGCUUUGAGGAACGCUUUGAGAUACUUUCCUCCAAAUCUGCAUGCGACUCUGGCUACAGAGUUUGCGCAGGAGCUCAGACAAUAUGGACACAUUUACAUGUACCGCUUCUGUCCUACACUACGUAUGAGAGCCUAUCCUAUUGAUCAGUACCCAUGCAGAACAAGACAAGCUGCUUCCAUCAUGCUUAUGAUAAUGAACAACCUGGAUCCUGCUGUAGCACAGUUCCCACAAGAGCUUGUCACAUAUGGAGGAAACGGACAGGUGUUCAGCAACUGGGCGCAGUUCUGGUUGGUAUUUCACUAUCUGAGCACCAUGACUGAAGAGCAGACCCUUGUGAUGUACAGUGGUCAUCCACUGGGUCUUUUUCCCAGCCUCCCUUCUUCUCCACGCUGUGUAAUCACAAACGGCAUGGUCAUUCCAAACUAUUCUUCCAGAGAGGAAUAUGAGAAGAUGUUUGCUAUGGGCAUUACAAUGUAUGGGCAGAUGACUGCUGGAAGUUACUGUUACAUUGGCCCACAGGGCAUCGUCCACGGCACCAUGUUGACAGUGCUCAAUGCAGGUCGGAGAUACUUGGGCUCAGGUGACCUGAGGGGUCGUGUGUUUGUGACAUCUGGUCUGGGAGGCAUGAGCGGAGCACAAGCAAAGGCAGCGGUCAUUGCUGGCUGUGUUGGGGUCAUUGCAGAGGUUGAUGAAGCUCCACUAAAGAAAAGGCAUGAGCAGGGCUGGCUGAUGGAGAUCACUAGUGACUUGAGCCACUGCAUCCAACGCAUCAGGGAGGCCAGAAGGGCAAAGAUGGCCUUGAGUUUAGGCUACCAUGGCAACAUUGUGGAUCUCUGGGAGUGCCUCUACCAGGAGUAUAAGAAGACAGGAGAGUUGUUGGUUGAUUUGGGUUCUGAUCAGACAUCACUUCAUAAUCCAUUCAGUGGAGGAUAUUACCCAGUGCAACUCGCCUUCAGACAAGCCAAUCAGCUCAUGAACACCGAACCUGAGCGCUUCAAAACCCUUGUACAUGAAAGUCUUCGCAGGCAGGUGGCUGCCAUCAAUAAAUUGUCAGAUGCAGGGAUGUUCUUCUGGGACUACGGAAAUGCUUUUCUAUUAGAGGCCCAGAGAGCAGGUGCGCUGGUAGAGAAGAAAGGGGGAGGGGCUACUGAGUUUAAAUAUCCCUCAUAUGUCCAACACAUAAUGGGAGAUAUUUUCUCACUGGGUUUUGGGCCAUUUCGUUGGGUCUGUACCUCUGGUGACCCUGCUGACCUGGCUGAGACCGACGCAAUCGCCACUGCUGUACUAGAAGAGAUAAGUUCCACAGUAACCGAACGUGUCCGACAGCAGUACAGUGACAACAUCCGCUGGAUCUGUGAAGCUGGGAAACACAAGAUGGUUGUGGGUUCGCAGGCCCGUAUUCUCUAUUCGGACCAGCGAGGAAGAGUAUCCAUCGCCUUGGCCAUAAACCAAGCCAUUGCUAAGGGCAGAGUCUCGGCUCCAGUAGUCAUCAGUAGAGACCACCAUGAUGUCAGCGGGACAGACAGCCCCUUCAGGGAGACCUCCAAUGUUUAUGAUGGCUCUGCCUUCUGUGCAGACAUGGCAGUGCAGAACUUUGUUGGUGAUGCAUUCCGUGGUGCCACAUGGGUUGCUUUGCACAAUGGAGGAGGAGUUGGAUGGGGGGAAGUGAUGAAUGGUGGUUUUGGAUUGGUUCUGGAUGGAUCUGAAGACGCAGGGCAAAGAGCUAAUCUAAUGUUGAACUGGGAUGUCUCUAAUGGGGUGGCACGGAGAUGCUGGUCUGGCAAUGCUAAUGCUUAUGAGACAAUUCAACGUACCAUGGAGGACCAGCGUCAGCUGAGAGUCACAAUGCCCAACCCAGUACCGGAAGAUCAAAUUCUGGACCGUGCACUGCAGGGAUAGACUAAAUGCUGAAUACCAAAAAUAUGAUAUUAUUCAUUAAAAUGCAACAGAAUGAGUGUCUAUGAACACACUUUCACAUACCAGGAAAAAA